GCCGCCCUCGCGGGCCGGGCCCCGCUGCGCCCCGGCGCGCCCCGCCGCUCGGGGGGAUGUCUUACAAACCGAACUUGACCGCGCACAUGCCCGCCGCCUCCCUCAACGCCGCUGGGAGCGUCCACCCGCCCUCCACCAGCAUGGCCACGUCUUCACAGUACCGCCAGCUGCUGAGUGACUACGGGCCGCCAUCUCUAGGCUACACCCAGGGCACUGGGAACAGCCAGGUGCCCCAAAGUAAAUAUGCCGAGCUGCUGGCCAUCAUCGAAGAGCUGGGGAAGGAGAUCAGACCCACCUAUGCGGGCAGCAAGAGUGCGAUGGAGAGACUAAAACGGGGCAUCAUCCAUGCCCGAGGAUUGGUGCGGGAGUGCCUGGCUGAAACGGAACGGAACGCCAGGUCCUAGCUGCCUUGUGAGCCUGGAAGGUUUUCCAGCUGCUUCCCAGAGGAGAAGUUAUGGUUCACCUCCCUUGUUGAGAUGAAACUUUUGUUUUCAAGAUGGUUAAUCAGUUCAGUUUCUUGUCCCCCUGCCCCUCCCGUGGUUCACUUAGGCUCUGAAUCUACAGUCUCUUUAAGAUUGAGGAAAGAUUUUGCAAUUGAUUAGGAGUUACAUUGGAAAUAGUUAGGAACUUCCCAGGUGUUUGUGGUUUUGUUUUCUUUUUUUUAAAAGCAUUGAUUCAAAAGAUGCACGUAGAAGUUACCUGUCUUACAGCAAACUAGUUUUGACUCUGAGAUACCAGUGUCUGGUUUUCUUUUGAAUACAUUUAUGUUAACCCAGAUCGUUCUGUGUUC